UACGAUGAAGGAUUUAUGUUACCCCCACUUCAAAUAAAAAGUACCGAGGGAUGGAUUUCAUUGCUGCCCUGUGGCACUGUAGAAGCCAGGGCUGCAGUUGCAUUAUUCAUCACUGGUUUGUGUCACACAGAGGAUUUAUUGCAGGAAGAAUCUAUCUCCAAGAAAAUGAAUAGUCAAUAUGUGCGCUUUGAAGUGUUUGGAUGUGAAACUGAGGAACUAACAGACUUCUGGGAAAAGACAAUUGAAAAACAAACUAAGCAUCUGCAAAUUGAAAAAGAACGUCAACAGAGAAGUGCUCUGCCAAAACUCAGAACUGAAUGGAAGGAGAGGUUGGAAAAAAGGAUACAAAUGAUGAAGACUCAAAAUGAAGAGCCAGCUAGUUGAAGGCUUCUUACGCAUUUGGGAAAAGAAGGAAAAAUGUUUUGCAGAAGAAAACCAUAGUGUAUUGCAAACACCCAAUUUAUUUUUAUUUAUAAGUUUCAAUGAGAUUUAUUUUACAGUAGCAUCAACAUGUAGGGAGUUCAUAUGUGAAACCUCUAUUACUGCUUAUGAGACCUAUUAUCUAUGUGGACCCCUCAUUCAGUGAGGAGAGAAUAAAUGUGUAUGGAUCCUAAAUUGUGGUUCCCUGAUCCAGACAACUGUCUGGAAAAGGAAUUUAGUAUCAUUUUACCUAAAUGCUCAUUGAAAUAAUCUCCUGUGUAUUUUAUUAAAUACUCCUUAGGUUUCUAUACAUACUGAUAUUAUAGAGCAAUUUAAUGUGUUUUUUCUUUGAAAUUGUUUAAUACAUUUUUGUGUUUUUGACUACUAUGAAACCACAAAUAUACGCAGAGAACAAAUACACUUAAAAGAUAUUAAUUUAUUACUAAUACACUUUGGGAGCAGGUCCAAUUCCUCCUCCUUAUAAGACAGAUUGUUUCAAAGUGUAUUCGUCUAACCCCUACCACAUAUGUGCAAUAACCUUUACUAAAAUGGAAGAGUUUCAAUGAAGUAAUGCUAUCAAGUUGCUUCUUUUUUAGUGAUUGUUUCAUUGCCACAGGAGUAAUGCACGGCAAAAUGGAUUCUUUUAAAACACAUUAAAAAUCCCUUUCCCUCAAUUGCUCAGCUGUCAGUCUCUUGCAAUGACAUCAUUUGACUAGUUCUCCAGUGUCCAUAUAGUUCCAGGGUAGACAAGAUUUUAAUUAUCAAGGGGGAGGGGGCGCAGAGGGGAAAUCAGUAAAAGCAAGAUUCUGUUUUUUAAAUAGCUUAGGUAAACUGUUAUCGUAAAGCAUGUUUAAAAUGUUCUAUUUUCCUUUGUACAUCACAUUUCAAAUAUGCCACAUUGGAGAGACCUGAGGGCAAAAAACAAAUCUGGCAUCCAAUAGGAGUUGUGCACAUGGAAAUGACAGGCUGAUUGGGAGCCUGAAAAAAGCAGUUCAUACAUAAAAAACUACCUGGGAACACAUGCUCAGAAAUCAAGUAAUCAGAACUUUUGAAAAUAAUUUCCCUGUGGGCUGAAACUGCCUAAAAUAUGCUAUGCUCCAUUUCUUCAAUAUGGUUUUCUUACACUGCUUUCAAAGUGACAUAAGCUAAACUAGAAAGGCACUCUUAUUCCAUAUCUACAUAGGGAGCUAUAACAGUAUAACUAUAACCAUAUAAUUAUACCUGUAAAUUUCCCCAUGUAGACAGGCCUCAAGGGAGUUAGGCACAUGGCUCCCAUUAAGUUUUAGUGGGAUUAAGCUCCUUUGAAAAUCCCAGGCUGUGCAGCUCAAUUUUCUCCUCACUUGCCUGUGCUCAGCACCUACUAAACCCAAGACCAAAUUCUGCUCUCAGGGUUGCACUGGAGUUUACACUGGUGUAGCAGAGAUCAAAAAUGGGACCCAAGGAUCAAAGGUUAUGGCUGCACUACAGUUUAAGUCAACAUAAAUUAUGUCAUUCAGGAGAGUGAAUUAGCCACUCCCCCAAGCAACAUAAUUUAUGCCAAUUUAAGUGCCAGUGUGGACAGCGCUAUGUCAGUGGAAGAGCAUCCCCUGGCAACAUGGCUACCACUGUGGGGGCUGGAGAAAUUAAGCCAAUGGGAGACCUCUCUCCCAUCGACUUAGAGCAGCUUUGUUAGAGAGCUUACAGUGGCACUGCUGCAUCAGUGCAGCUGCUAAAACAUGCAAUACAAGAGAGACUCAGACUUACUGUACUGAAAAUCUAGGAGUGAGAAUUUCACUACAGGAUUCAGAUGGAUUGACUACUUUCUAUACAUAUUCUCUUCCAAUGAAAUGAAUCAUGGGGAGCAGACCUGUCAGAAUCCACUAGGUGGCAAGAGUGAGAAACAGAACAGAGUGCCUGCUUUCCAAAGUAUUUCCCCGUGAUACUUCAGGCUCCUGACAUCACAGGACUUUACUUCAGUGAUGUCACAGAAUGAUGCAUUGUGGGAUGUCUUUAGCAAAUUAGGAUGAGCCAAUAGAUGUGAAGAGAAGUGAAUAAAAUAUAUUUUUUAAAAUAGUAAACUGAAACUUAUCUUUGUGCUGAAUGCAUUCUCCCCAGCCUGGAUCCUAGGGGCUCUGAGAACAUAUUUCUGGAUUUAGCCAGUGUUCAGUUUAGCUUUGCAAUUUACCUUGAGUGUUUAAAUUAAUUAUUUUGCGCUCAAGUUUCACAGUGUUAGAUUUAGGACUCUGGGUCAUGUUGUUAUCUUUAUUUAUCCAGGGGGUAGCAACCCAUUUUGAUUACUAACUCAAUCUCUUUUUCAGGAGCAAUCUGACUAGUAGCUUUAUAAAUUACUAGUAACAAAACAAUACAUUCCCACAGCAAUAAAUACAAUUUAAGAUCAAUCAGCUAAAACUAAAAUACAAUAAAACUGAAAUUCAAAUCUAAAUGUCAAGAAACAAACAAUCAGAAGCAGGAGCAGAAUGCGAGAUGAAAAUGUUUGGGGUAAAUUGAAAAGAUGGGAGUAUAAGUCUUUAAUUCACCUGAUUGUCAUUAUAAAAAUCAAAAGGAAGUGAAGAGAAAAGACAAACUUUAAGACAAGCCAAAACACUAAAAAAUGUUCCUUACCUCGAGAGACUAUACGACUGAAAAGGUUGUGGUUUAGUAAUUGAUAAAACUACAUGGGCACUGUAGGAUCAUUAUUGCUUAACAGAAUGAGCCAAAAAUCCUCUGGAUUAUUUAUCAGUCGCUCUUAGUAAAGGCAGAGCUUUUAGCAGAGUGGGAUGUGGAACCAAUACAGUGAGAUCUAUGAAUUAAAAAAAAAACACUUCUUCAAAGGACAACUUCAUUUAAUUUGUUUUUUUCAAACCAAAUUUACGCAUUGGUUUUGAGUAUAACAAUGGGAUAUUUCAACUAAGCCAAUCCAUUUUAAUUAUUUUUUGUGAUUAAAAUAGGAUACGUUU